AUGUCAGAACCUACAUACAGUAAUACUCGUUCAGGUGUGAUUACUCUAUUGCAUACAGCAUGUGGAGCGGGUAUCCUAGCAAUGCCAUUUGCAUUCAAACCAUUCGGACUAGUACCUGGUUUCGCCAUGCUCACCAUAUGUGGCCUCUGUUCACUACUUGGGUUACUACUACAAGCAAGAGUUUAUCGUUAUGCACCAGAGAGAGCUGCUUCAUUCUUCUCUUUGACUCAAAAAAUAAAUCCAAAUUUAAGCGUCGUGUUUGAUUUGGCCAUCGCUAUUAAAUGUUUCGGUGUAGGUGUAUCAUACAUGAUUGUCGUUGGUGAUUUAAUGCCACAAAUUGUUUCAGGUUUAACUAAAAAUGCAUUGCUCUUAGACAGAGUUUUCCAUAUUACUUUGAUUAUGGCAUUUGUGGCUGGUCCAUUAUGUCUAUUGAAGAAUUUAAAUUCGUUAAGGUAUGCAUCCAUGGUCGCCAUAUCUGCCGUCGCAUAUUUAUGUAUUUUGGUUUUGGUACAUUUCAUUUUCCCAUCUCAAGAAAUUAAAGAUUUGAAAGGUGACUUUGCCGUUUGGUUCCCUCAUAAUGAAGGUUCUCCCUUAUCAACAUUACCAAUCUUUGUGUUUGCCUACACUUGCCAUCAUAAUGUAUUUGCAGUGAUUAAUGAACAAAAGAAAACACGUUUUGCUCAUGUGAAGGUUAUUGCCAUUAUCGCUAUGUUACUUGCUUUAGUUCUUUAUGUGUUGAUUGGAGGCGCAGGUUAUUUCACAUUUGGUAAUCAUAUAGUGGGCAAUAUCAUCACUUUAUAUCCACAUUCUAUAACUUCCACGAUUGGAAGAGUAGCUAUUGUUUUCUUAGUUACAUUAGCAUUCCCAUUACAAUGUCAUCCAGCGAGGGCAUCAAUUCAUCAUAUAAUUUGUUACAUUAAGCAUAAGGCCAAGAAAAGAGAUCAAAAUCAACAAAUAAAAGUAUCUGGUCCAAUUCAAAUAAUUAGAAGCGAGACAGAAAGUGCAACUUUGCUAAAUAAUGAAACUGAGGAACCUGGUUGGAACACAUUUACCGAGCAUGCCGAUGAUUCUCAUGUGGAUGCAGCAACUUCAUCAUCAAACCCGACAUCCGAGGUUGAUCCAAGUGUUUCUGAGACUAAUAUUGAAGAGCAUCCAAUCUUUAACCCUGAAAAUACUCCAUUAGAAGGUAAAACAUUCAAAAUUAUAACUUUGAUUUUGAUUGCUUGUGCUUAUACCGUUGCAAUUUCUGUCACAUCGUUAGCUCAUGUAUUGGCCAUUGUUGGUGCCACUGGGUCCACUUCCAUUUCAUUUAUCUUACCGGGCUUGUUUGGCUUUACUUUAAUUGGAUCUGAAUAUACUGAGGCUGACGAAGAAAUCCCAUUGAAGACUAAGAUAUUUAAAUACGCUGGACUAUUAUUGCUAAUUUGGGGUAUUUUAGUGAUGGUCGCUUCUCUAUUUGCAGCAAUAUUUUUAGGUGCAUCACAUUAA